AUGGCGAGCUCCUUGCUGCUACCCUCCGCCUGCCUCGCGCUGCUGCUGCUGCCGCUGCCGCUAUCGUCGUCCACCCGCGGCCGACUCUCGGAGGAGGCAGUGCUGACGCUGGACGCCGGCAACUUCUUGGAGGCGGUCGCGGCGCACCAGUUCAUCGUCGUCAAUUUCUACGCGCCCUGGUGUUACUGGAGCAAGAAACUAGCCCCCGAGUACGAGAAGGCCGCGUCCAUCCUGCGCAGUCAUGACCCACCGAUCGUUCUCGCCAAGAUUGACGCCAGUGACAGGAAAAAUCAGGAUUUCACACAGAAGUACGGCGUUGUUGGGUACCCAACUAUCAAGCUCCUGGGAAACAAAGGGAGCACUGUGCAAGAAUAUUUAGGUGCGAGGGAUGCAGAGAGCAUAGUGGAGUAUCUGAAGAAACAAGUCGGUACUGCAUCUACUGAAAUCAAGUCGGGAGAGUAUUCUCCAAGUUCCUUAGCUGAUAACAAUGACGGGGGCAAGGCUACAGAUGGUACCUUAGAACCUUAUCAUAAGUCAGCUCCAGUUCCAGAAGUUAGCGACCAACCUGUUGAGAAAGUGGCUGCCAGCAAUCUUAAUGACGUUAUUUUCAAUUCUGCUAAGAAAGUUCUGCUUGAGUUAAGGGAAACGAUGGAAUGGGCAUGCCAGACCCUGGUAGCAACGAUUGUGGAGAUCUUUACCAAGCAUGGGUGA